AUGAGAAGACUGUGUCUUGACUAUUCUGGAAUUCCAGCAAAUCCGUCAGCUGAAGAUCUGAUGUGUGUUUCUGCUGACCUUAUUUCGCUUUAUUCUUAUGUUGUUUUUGAGGACGAAUAUUUGGAUGUGGUGAAUGACCACCUUGUGUUUCUUGGAGUCAAGUACACCAAAGGAGAGGUCAACGCGGACCAACAGGACA